UGGAUGCAAGGCAUUUUUAAUUUCUUUUUAAUUUUAAAUUUAAUUUAUUUUUUAAAGGGAUUCUUCCGCCGAACAAUUUUGCGAAAUCAAAAAUUUACUUGUCGUUUUGACAAAAAUUGUAUUAUUGAUAAAAACUUUCGUUGCGCCUGUCGUUAUUGUCGUUUUCAGAAAUGCUUGAGCGCUGGAAUGAAAAGAGAAGCAAUUCAAUUUGAACGUGAUUCAAUAAGCUCUCCAAGUUCUCCCAAAAAACGCCGGCAAACUUUGGAUUAUGGGGGGAGUGAACAAUCACUUUCGCCUGGAGUUGAAAGCAAACCUUCAAUUUAUUCUACCUCUUCUGGAAUUGAAAUGAGAAAUUUUAUUUCUGAAAAUUCUGCUAAUAAUUAUUCAAAUAUUAUUUAUUUGUUGAUGGAAUUGGAGGCACGUGUAAAUCAAGAAAUGUGUUUGCGUUACCGAAACCUUUCGAGUGCUUUUUCUGGUUCCCAGUUUAAUGCUGAAGGUACUAGUGGCCCGUCCGUUUCGCCAGUUUUUCAUCCUAAUGGGCCUUCAGCAUUUAGCUCGCCUUCAGGUUCAAGAUCGGCUUCGAUUGAGGAUUUGAAUGAAAUUUCCCGUACAACACUUCUUUUAAUGGUUGAAUGGGCAAAAGGAAUGCAAACAUUUUCAGAACUUCGAAUGGAAGACAAAGUCAUUUUAUUAAAAAAUUAUGCGCCUCAACAUCUCAUUUUGAUGCCUGCUUUUCGAUCACCAGAUACUACAAGGCUUUGUUUAUUUAAUAAUUCUUUAUUGGGAGCUGAUCAAUCUCAGGGAGGAAAUGAACAAUUGGGGUCCUUUGCUGCGUUUAAAGCUGCAAAUAUAAUGCCUAGAGUGUUGGAUGAAAUUGUUUGGCCGAUGAGGCAAUUAGAGAUGAAAGAAGAAGAAUUUGUUUGUCUAAAGGCACUGGCAUUUUUACAUCCAGAAGCUAGAGGAUUAUCACAACAUGCACAACAAAUAAUACCUCUUUAUUCAAUCAUUUUGGCAUCUAAACCGGUAGACGAGGCUCCAAGUAGAUAUGGAAAUAUUCUUUUGUUAGCGCCGGCUUUAAAAGCACUGACCCAAUUGUUGAUUGAAAAUAUGACUUUAACAAAGUUCUUUGGCCUUGCUGAAGUAGAUUCAUUACUUUCUGAAUUUAUUCUUGACGAUGUUGGGGCUGACAGUAGUGGAAUCUCAACAGCACCAAAAACUAUUAAAGAACAAUUAACAUCAACAGCCCCAUCGUUUGUAACUAUGGCUGGUAGUAAUCGUGCAGAAAUGACAACAACAAAUGCUACAAUGUUACAAAAUCAUUCAAUGAAGAAUUUUGAAUAACAAUAAAAAUGAAAGGUUUUUUUGAGUUAGAAGUAGCAGGUUUAUAUUGGUGAAUGUGGGCACAAGGUUGUCGGAUCCGGAUCCGAAAAAGGCCGGAUAUCCGAAGAUUUCCAACUAUCCGACAACCUUAGUGGAUACGUGACAUUUUUUAGAAUUAUGGGAGCCCUGGUCCGUAGGUUUUUUGUCCUCUAGUUCCUUCAUACCAUUUUUGUAUUCGUUCAAAAAAAUUUUUUUUACAAUCCCUCCCUCGUAAAAUUAUUUUUUAUAUUUAAUCAGACAAUAUAUUUUCGCAUGUCUUAUUUUUAGAAAGUCGUUUUUUUCGGAAUUUUAUAUAUCUUUGGUUACAGACCUUGACAUUAGUAUAUUAUUAUUUAAUCGAUAUCAAGAUUCAAGAUUCUUUAAGUCUUUUUUUUUAAUUUUUAAAUUUUCUGGCUAGCAGGGAUAAGUCUGGAUUCUAAUUUCCAAUGUUUCCCUCUUUUCCAAGCUCCAAAAAUUUCCAAGUUUCGACAUUUGAGAGUUCUUAUUCCCGGCGCCCUUUGGCCGUUUCGACUAUCUCUGCUAUUUAUUUUGUUAGUCCCUUUUCUAAAUUCUACAUACUUUUAUAUAAAAUGUUUCAAAGAAUUUUUUAAAGAUUAUUUUAGCCCUAGUUUUCAGU